AUGAGCAUCGUUGUUACCGGCGCAACCGGCGCUCUAGGCAGUUCCAUCAUCAAGCACCUCCACGCUUUUAACCAAAAGCUUGAGGACCCCAAAAAGAUCAUCGGCACAUCACGCGACCUGAGGAAAGUCUCCGAUGAACUCAAAGCUUUAUCAGAAGUCGAGUUCCGCUACGCCGACUUUGAUGAUGAUUCUGCCAUUCUAGAGGAGGCGUUCGCAGGCGCUGAAAAGGUGUUGAUCAUAUCGACGGACGUCUUUGAUAAUGAGAAGAGAAUUGUGCAACACAAGAAUGCCAUCGAUGCAGUCAAGAGAGCAGGUGUGGGAAUCAUUUACUACACGAGCUCUUACUAUGGGGGGUUUGAGAGCAAGAGCGUGUCGGAGGUACAGCAAUUGCAUUUGGAAACUGAGGAGUACAUCAAAAGAUCAGGGAUCAACUAUGUAAUCCUGCGCGAGGGCAUCUACGCUGAAACCUUCCCUAUAAUGCUCAAUUGGACUCCUGAUACUACCCGUGUCGUUGUUCCUGCUGACGGCCCCCUAUCCUGGAUCUCACGAGAAGAGCUUGCCGAAGCCAACGCACGAAUACUCCUCAGCAACAGCAAAGAGUACCGAAAUACUAUCGCUCUUUUGACCGGUUCCUCAACUCUCACUCUUCGCCAGACUGCCGAACUCAUCACCGAGGUCACUGGGAAACCAUUGUCGUUCGAGGUGUCAGAGGAGGCGUAUGUAUUGGCGGCGCUGAAGGCUGGUCAGAAUGAGAAGAUUGUCAAGACCUUUGUGACUAUCUACAAGGCGCUUGAGGCGGGAGAGGGCGACAUUGUUGACCCGCUGUUGGAGGUCCUGCUGGAGAGGAAACCGACAGGCGCGAGGGAGAAGAUAAGAGAAAUACUGGAGAAGGGAAGGAAAUAA